AUGUCAUCCUUCGUCUCCGAUGUCCAAGACACCCGGCGAGUCCCCUUCACCGCCAAACAACUCGAAGAUUUCAUCGUCUCCAUGCGGAUCCAAACCAAACGGCACGCCACGACCCAACCAGCUCCCAAGAAAGUCAACACAGACAUCGCACCCGACCUUUGGAGACCAGCUCAACUGGAUCCCAGUAUCCCAGCAAAAGCUCUGUCGAUCCCAGCACAGUGCAUGUAUGCGAUUGCUAUGAUCUACGACGUUUGUAUCGAGCACAAGUUUCAGCCGACUGCGAGGAUGGUUUCUGCCACGCUGGCUAGUUUUAUUGGACUAUUGGGGACGAAACAGUUGCAUCAGGCUGCGAAUUAUGCGUUAGGGCAUUUGAUCCCGAGUGAGGAUAAGGAGGGAGAGGAAGGGAAUUUGAGGAAGAUCAAUCAUAGGGCGUUAGCGACGUUCAUUCAUGCGUAUGGGAGGGUGGGGAAGCCGAAGAAGGGGGAGGCCUUGUUGGCGAGAUGGGCGGCGGCGCAGAGGGUGGAAGGGUUUCCGAAGGAUAAGGGUUGGUUGGAUGCGGGGGAGAAUGGCGAGGUGGUGGAUUUGGCGGGGUGGGGGAAUAAUGUUGUGAUUUGGCAAUCGUUGGUGAAGGCAAGAAUGGAUGGGAAGGAUAUGGUGGGUGCGAGGGUCUGGUUGGAUCGGUAUAGGAUGGCGGCAAAGGGGGAGGUGGUGGAAGGGGCAACGAUGCCUCCGCCGAUUAAGGCUGAUCCUUAUUUGACGUAUAUGGCUGGUAUUCGGGAUAAACUCUCCACGCGAGAUCCUUCGACAAGGGCGAUCGAAAAAGCAGCAAGACAACAGAUGAUGUCGGGCUUUCACGGUGUGGUGCGCUUGAUGGUGGCUGAUCACGUGCCGAUCGAAAGUUCGGUGCUUGCGUUCAUGAUUGGGUUCGAGGCGAGUGUGGGUAACGUCAAUGAAGGAACUUUGCUCGUUGAAGAGCUUAGUAGCCUUAUCACCACUGAUGCGCUCAGUGAUGCCAACCUAAUAAAGGCAUUGUUGGAUAUGCGGAGGGCUGUUGCUCAGCGCACCUCUUCUCUCCAGACUUCAGUCAUUUCAUCAACCCGCGCUCUCAUCCGCAAACUAGUCCAGAUCGGCGAAGGCGAACUCUCCACCUCACGCAAAAACCUCGCCACAUGUCGAAGUCGCGGCACCCUCAAUACAGCCCUCGCCACCGCACUAGCAGACCGAGACUACCCAGCCUCUAUCGUCGUCCUCAACUUGUUCGAGCAUUGGCGCAUCACCCCUUCCCACACCACUUACUGCAUUGUUCUCGAUGCGUUGGUAGCGCAAGGUCAUUACCUCGCGAUCUCUGCAGAUGCAGGAGAGACAGCUUCGGUUAGCAUGCUCAAUCUGGAAGCAACCCUACAGAGUAUGGCAAGGGAAGGAAACGGCAAGCAGGCAGAAAGAAUAAGGAAGUCGUUGGCGAAAUUGCCUGAGGGAAGCAGUGAGACAUUGGUGUUUUCAGCUCAGCUCUCGACAACGUUGAGGCAGACGCAGUAUUUGGUGAGGGUGUUGAAUCGGGUUUGUGCUGCUGAAAUCAGGGGAAAGGUUGAGGAUGAGGGGAGGGAGGGGCCCGAGUGGUUGGGAAAGGUGGCAAUAGGGGAGGUAGAGGGAGAGGGAGAGGGAAGGAUGAUGUCGGAUGAGAAAGUGGCGAAGAAGUUGAAGUUUUAUGUUUAUAAAGCGCAGGAUGAGCUGUUGGGGAAGAAUAAGGAGGAGAGAGCGAAGAACAGCGGGGUCAAGUCGACGGUUAAGGCGCCAUUGUUGGGGUCUGCUCCAACAAUUUCCCCUCGUAGAAGGGGGUUUGAAGCUUCUUCGUCGGUACAGAGCAAAUUUGGUGAUCGGAAUUUCUCCACCUCAGCUAUCAGAAGAGACGAAGGUGCUAAUGGGAAGAGUUGCGAUCUUGCCUCAGUCGCAAAAGGGGACUUUACGCACGUAGACCCUGUUCGAACGGUCUACAUCCCUGGCUUUGUGCCUUAUCACAUUGGUCUGGCGCUUCAGGAACAUCUAGUUAAGCAACGAGCUGAUGCACGUUCUGCCCUACGAUCUCUCUCCGAAUCUUCAUCCAACUCGGCUUCCACUCUUGCUGGACUGAGCACCAUCUCACCUUCCGCCUCUGAAGCUUCCCUUCGAGCACAAGCAGCACAAGACACGCUCCUUCUACUCCAACACCGCCCCGUGUACACAGAAGGUCGUCGACACGAUUCCGAAAACGAACUCGUCUCCUCCCACCUCCGUUCGCUCGGUGCCGAUUACUACCUCACCAAACGUGGUGGUCAAAUCACCUAUCACGGACCAGGACAGUUGGUCGGAUAUCCAAUCCUAAACCUUGCCUCUAUGAAUCUCGCUAGCCGAUGCUAUGUCGACAAAAUUCAAGACUCGCUCAUUUCCCUGCUUGCCGAUCGAGGGGUGGAGACGGUAGAGCCGCCGGAGAACCACACGGGAGUAUGGGCAGAUGAAUACCACAAAAUUGCAAGCAUCGGCAUUCAAGUUCGUCAUAGGAUCUCCAGUCAUGGGUUUGCGGUUAAUGUGGAGAAACGGGCUAUGGCGGGAUUUAGACAUAUUAUAGCGUGUGGGAUUGUUGGGAGGAACAUGACUUGUUUACAGGAUAGAUUGGAUCCGGAGGGUCUAUUUGCGAAGUAUAACAAGCAGCUAAGGGACGGAAAGGGGGAUAGGGAGGAAGGAGUGGAGAGUGUUGCGAGGGAUUAUAGGGAGCAUUUUGCAAAGGUUUUCGGUAGGAGAAUGAGGGAUGUGGCGGAGGAAGAGUUUAAGUUUGAGCUGGGGAAGGAGGGGAAGGCGGAAUUGUUGAAGGAGAAGUUGAAUGUGAAGGUUGAGGAGGAAGAAGAAUUGGUGGAGGGGGUGGAAGUUGAUGGCAGACCGGUGGCUAUUGAUUGA